CCGAGGAAGAAGUUUAGAAGCGGGAGACAGGGAGGAGGGCGGGCCGGGGAGAAGGGAUGCGGUUCGGCGGAGGCGGCCGCCACAGGGACUCGCCGCCAUCACCUCCGCCGCCUCUGCGGGAGAGGAGCCUCCGCCGGGACUGCCCGCCGCCGCCCCGCACGUCUGGUAAAGUCUCAUCUGUAUGGGAUAUUGCAUAAAUCUUAGAAGACUGCAAUAAAGUGGCAAUGUCUCGGGAACCCACCCCACCUCUCUCUGGAGAUAUGUCUACUGGUCCUAUAGCAGAAAGCUGGUGUUAUACACAGGUUAAAGUAGUAAAAUUUUCCUACAUGUGGACCAUUAAUAACUUCAGUUUUUGUCGAGAGGAAAUGGGUGAAGUGUUAAAAAGUUCAACAUUCUCAUCUAGCCCAAGUGACAAAAUGAAAUGGUGCCUGAGGGUAAAUCCAAAGGGAUUAGAUGAUGAAAGUAAAGACUACUUGUCCUUAUAUUUGCUUUUAGUCAGCUGUCCAAAAAGUGAAGUUCGAGCAAAAUUCAAAUUUUCCCUUCUGAAUGCUAAAAGGGAAGAAACAAAAGCAAUGGAAAGCCAAAGAGCAUAUCGAUUUGUACAAGGGAAGGACUGGGGUUUUAAAAAAUUCAUUCGAAGGGAUUUUUUGCUUGAUGAAGCUAAUGGUCUUUUACCAGAUGACAAGCUUACAUUAUUUUGUGAGGUGAGUGUGGUCCAAGAUUCAGUAAAUAUAUCAGGACAUACUAAUACAAAUACUUUGAAGGUGCCUGAAUGUCGACUAGCAGAAGAUUUAGGUAAUCUCUGGGAAAACACAAGAUUUACAGAUUGCAGUUUUUUCGUGAGAGGACAAGAAUUUAAAGCUCAUAAAUCUGUACUUGCAGCUCGAUCCCCAGUUUUUAAUGCAAUGUUUGAACAUGAAAUGGAAGAAAGCAAAAAGAAUCGAGUGGAAAUAAAUGAUGUAGACCCUGAGGUUUUUAAAGAAAUGAUGAGAUUCAUUUACACAGGGAAAGCACCAAACCUUGACAAAAUGGCUGACAAUUUGUUGGCAGCUGCAGACAAAUAUGCACUGGAACGGCUGAAAGUCAUGUGUGAAGAAGCUUUGUGUAGUAACCUCUCAGUAGAAAAUGUUGCUGAUACCCUUGUCCUUGCAGAUUUGCACAGUGCAGAACAGUUGAAAGCACAAGCCAUAGACUUUAUUAAUAGGUGCAGUGUACUUCGACAGCUUGGGUGUAAAGAUGGGAAAAACUGGAACAGCAACCAAGCAGCGGACAUAAUGGAAACAUCAGGGUGGAAGUCCAUGAUUCAGUCUCACCCUCAUUUGGUAGCAGAAGCCUUCCGAGCGCUAGCAUCUGCACAGUGUCCACAGUUUGGUAUUCCACGAAAACGGCUAAAACAGUCUUGAAAUCUUCCACGAACUGUAGAAAAAUGGAAUUGACUUUUACUCCUCCAGGUCCAGAAGGAUUCUAGUACACAAACCAUAAGCAAGAGUUGUUUCUGUUGUCUUGUCCACAGAACAGAAGCUGAAAAAGCAUAUUGCUUGCAUUUCAGGUGGAUAAUUUAUGGUUUAUUCUUCAGCUUUAAAUUAGACUGAUUAUACUCUAAUUCACUUCAAGGCCUUAAAUUAUCUUCAAUGACUUCUCUUGUUCAUAUAAUUACUUUAAUUUUUUUAUUGUGCCUUGUCAUUGUGACCAAGGCUAUGCAGGAUUGCACUAGCUCCAUAAUGCAGUAAUAUCAAUAACUGAAGAUACUUAGUUUCAAAAAGAUCUUCCAUUAGUUUGAGAAAGGCAAAUGAAUUUUUUAGGGUUUGUCCUAUGCUAUCUUUUAGGGUUUAAAACAAGGUUCUCCUUAUAAAAGCACUUGUAUUGGAGAUUACUGUAAUGUCUCCAGUCUAAGUUCUAUAAAUACAGGAGAACCUGCUUACCUUCAAGGUAAGUUAUGGCAAUACACUGCUUCAAUUCUAACUUAUUUUUCAUUUCAGGGGGCAAAUAUGCAAUGAGUUGGCCCAAAUUUUUAGUAAAAUUUGUGAUGUUUAUAUGUUAACUGUCCAACUACUAAGAGAAGCAUAACAAACCUUUGCUUGUGUUUCUUUGUGAGUUUAUCCAAGUUUACAAUGAUUAAGACUGAUUUCAGUAAGAAGAAAGCAUGUUUUAUGCUGAAUUAAUUUCUUUAAAUUUAUAGUGACAUACAUUUAUAUGAAGAAUUCUGUACAUGUUAAAAGUAAGGAUGACCAAAUGUAAAUUUAAUGGGUGGGCCAAUUAAGAUAUAUAUGCACUUUUAAUGUGUAACUUUUGUAUGCUGAAUGGUACUUUUUUUUUUUUUUGCUUUUGAGGAAAUUAAUAAGGUAUAAUUAACUGUCUUAACUUUGGAAAAAAAUUUUUUAAGACAGAUGGAGGCAACUGGGGUGUUUGUGAUAACAGAUAAGAACGAUUUUCUUCAUUAUAGUUAAGUUGGUUUGGAUUUCAGAUAUUCAUUAUUGAAUUAACUCCUGUUUUAUCAUACUUUGGAGAAGGCACCUGAACAGUAGAUGAAUCCUGGCCAGUCUGUACUCCUAACAACAAUGAACUGGUAUUAUUUGCAGACAAAAGGAGAGAACCCUUAGAAAUAUGUCAGAUUACACUCUAAAACCUAUUUUCAUCCCUAGCUUUCUCCUUUCUGUCUCAGUUACUAUACCAACAUUAUGGAUGAUGUUGAAAUUCUGCAUAAUGUGAACAGGAUAAACUAUUUAUAAACUGCUUUUCAUGGGCCAGUUCUUUAUUAUAAAUGAAUUUUAGCUUUAAACACAUAGACAUCUUCAGUUUUUGAUAGCUCUGUUCACAGCAGAGGUCUGUUCUGGUGCAGUGUCCUGGAGAAAGCAGGAGCAAUCAGUGUCAAAUCACUGCAUUUUUUUUUUUUUUUUUUUUUUGUUAAUCAGUGGCAGUAUGCUUCUUGGGCAAGAUUUAUGUAUGACCACAAAGGGAAAAGGUGUCACUGGAAAAGAAAAAAAUGCAUAUACCUCUGUAUUUGCAUAUAUAAUGUUAUUUCCAGAUAAUUGGAAAACUCCCCUUAAGGUAGAAGAAAGAUUCUUCCACGUGAAUGGACUCCAUCCUAUGUAAGAGUAUUAUAGGGAGCAGAAAUUACUUCUUUAACUUCAUUAUAAGAUUGAGCCCUUUAAAUUUACAAUGUACAAUUUAAAAACACAUGCACAUACACACACACUUCAAGAAUUUAAGAUUUUUGCCAAGGGAGUUCCCCGGUGGUCUAGUGGUUAGGAUUUGGCACUUUCACCACUGCUGCCCAGGUUCAACCCCUUGUCUAGGAACAGAGAUCCCACAUCAAGCCACUGCAUGCCAUGGCAAAAAAAAAAAAAUUGCCAGUGUUUAUAAGAAAACAAGGCUAUUUUAUUCCUCAGGCUAUAGAAUUUUAUUGUCAUGUAUCAAAAAAGUACUGGUGUAUCCAUUUUUAUCACAUGCACACAGGCACAUUGUGAAUUAAUUCACUGCUUGAAUCUACAUUUCUAACCAUAGUGACUUCAGUAAUAACACAUAAUGAACAUUUCAACUUACCCUUAUUUACUUAGUGUUUUUGCAGAUCUGAAGGGUUUUAUUAUAAAGUUUGUUUUUUUUUUUUUUUUUAGUUUUAGUAGCACAUUUUGUACCAAAAAUGUCAAACACUGUGCUGUAAGAAGAUCCACAUUUGUAGAAAUGUCCACUUCUCAGAUAAUAUAAUGCCUAUUAUACUAACAGAAUCAUAUGAUCGUUGAUUUAUUUUUUUAUUUAUUAUGUAUAUUUUUGGUAUUGUGGGUUCUUGAGGCAGUGAUACAAAAUGUUAAUGUAUUCUGCAUGAGUGCUCUAAUAGCCUUUUUUCUUUCAUUUUUAAACUACACACAUUAUUUUCAGUAGGCACAGACUUUGUCCAGAGCAAUGUUGCCUUUUGAACUAUAAGCCUGCUCCUGUUUCCCUUUUGUCGCCUAAACAGAGCUUUUUCUUAGAAAAGUAGUAACUGGUUUUAAAUGUUGAGUAUUAUAAAAGUAACCAUUGGAAAGCUGUUCUUUAGAUUGAGAUACAGAAACACUAUAUUUGUGCCUUUUUCAUUUUUAAUUUUAUCUUGUAUCGAUACUUGGAGCACAAAUAUGAAGGUGCCAUAACAUUAUGGCCUGCCAUUGUUACCUCCUUGAAUACUCAUGUGUCAUUGUCUUGAAAUAGUAAUUGGAGAUCCUUGCAUGUAUUACGUGGUAUUUUGGGGGUGUGCGUGUGUGUGUGUGUGUGUGUGUGUGUAAGUGUAUGUGUGUUCACGUACUUAUAUUCACUUGGACUUGUGUGUGAUAUGUUCAAAAGAGUGAAUUUCUUAAAAUAGGACUCAGUUAAAUGUUGAAAGUUUAGAUUAGUUGAAAUGUAUUCCAUUUAAAUGUGCUUUUGGGGGGGUAAAUUGAGAGGAAAUUAUAAUUCUCAAAAAUGUGACCAAUUUACUGCAUGAUGAAAUGUGAAAACAGUGCCUUUUUAGGACAUCAGUUUUAAAAUUAAGUUUUAAAAUAUUAACGAAGAUCUUUUAAAAGGUGUCAUGAACAUUCUUGGUUUAUUUUUAAACUAGACCUAAGUUAGAGCUUAAAUUGCCAAAAGUAUAAUGACUAAUUUAUUUCCCCGUUUAAGUUUUGCACAAAUUCAGAACCUAAGCAGAAUUCUUUAUGAAGUUGUAGAUCAUAGAUGCUACCAAGUGUUACUAAAAGAGAACACUAGGGACUUUGGUAAGUUGUUUUGUUAAAAUCCAAGUCAACAAUCUUUUCUCAAAGCCAAGUCUACUUAAAGAGGUGAGUUAUUCUGAGUUGGAUGUUCAUGCUCUUUCAUGGAUAAAGUAAAAAUAUUCAGUGUAUUCUUGCAGAACAAGGUGGAUGGGUGGAUUUUAGUGUUUUCAGAUUACAAAGACAGCACUUUCAGCACACUUAAGAGUAUUUUGCAAACCUCUUUUAUACAGAUUAUGAGCUCUACUUUGUUUAAAUGUUAAAUGAAAUGAUGUAAAUUUUAGGUCCAGCUGAACAAAUAUUGAGUGCCUACCAUGCAAGACUUCCUCUUCACUAGGAAUGAAAUCACCACACCGUGUCUUCUGUUUGCAAUAUGUGAACUUUGUGUUUGAAAAGGAAUUCUUAUAUUUAAACCUUUUUCUGUUGUUGAGAGUUUAUCAUUGUAUACUGUAACCCAGUUAAUUUUCUUUCAGUUUUUUAGAAUGAAGAUAUAACUUAAGUGAGUCCCAAUUUUGAAAAUAAAAUUCUGCUGGAAUUAUUUAAAAAUUAGUUCUGGGGGAAAUUAAUUUUCAAGAUUAAAAUGUGUAAAGACUUAUAUUGAACUUUUCAGCCUCAUUUUUAAUCAGCUGAUGUCAAUGAUGAGAUACAUACUUUGUAUCUUGUUGCUGAAAAUAUUUUUUGCAUUUCAGCACGUUGAGUUAAAAUAAAGUUGUUACUACUUAUUCAGAA